AUGGCAUCUUCAAAAAUAGGCACGUUUGCCAACCCUGUCCUUCCGGGCUUCAAUCCGGAUCCAUCAGUCAUUCGGGUCGGCGAUGACUUCUUUUGUGUUACAUCGUCGUUUGAGUAUUUCCCUGGGGUCCCAAUUUAUCACAACAAAGACCUGAUCAAAUGGGUCUUAAUCGGACACGCCCUAACCCGGAAGUCGCAGCUUGAUAUCAAGACUCCCGAACCUGGAGGCGGUGUGUGGGCAACAACCAUUCGGUACCAUAACAGCGAGUUUUACAUAAUUACCAAUUCUUUUGACCGGUACCGACCGCAAAUCGAUGAUCGCGUAUGGCCUCGGGGCUUUUACGUGAAAACCAGCAACAUCUGGAAUGAUAGUAGCUGGUCAGAUCCAGUAUACUUUGAUCAAGUUGGGUUCGACUUUGACCUCUUCUGGGACGAUGAUGGAGUGGUAUAUUUGUCAUCCUGUUAUCGCAAGAUUGAUCGCUCUCCGGAUCCCAAAAUACGAGAUUUUGCUGUUCACAUAUCUACGGUCGAUCUCAAAUCUGGGACUUUGACAUCCAGACCCCGGAUGAUUCGCGAUUCCGCAUCCGGUUUCGCCGAAGGUUCCCAUCUCUUCAAGCGCAACGGUUAUUACUACCUGUUCACUGCUGAAGGCGGUACCGAGUCCGGACACUGCGAGUAUGUAACCCGAAGCCGAGAGGGUCCUUUCGGGCCGUGGGAAGCGGCACCGCACAACCCACUGUGGCGUAAUACAACCGAUGAUGGUAUCCAAAACACGGGGCAUUGCGACGUUGUUGAGGAUUCCCAGGGGCAGUGGUGGGCUAUGUGUUUAGGUGUGCGACCCAGGAAGGAAGGUAGCUCAUGGCGGACCUCGGUCUUCGGGCGCGAAACAAUGCUGCUUCCAGUUCGAUGGGAGAAUGACUGGCCGAUAUUCAAUGAAGGCAAAGCGGUUGCAUUGCGAAUGGAGGCGCCAAAUGGCUACAUUGUGGAGGAUGACAAGAGAUGGAGAGACGACUUCACGGGAAUCAAAUUAGGGCUGGGGUGGUAUAGAAAAAAUACCCCAGUGAGACAGGACUUCUCAAUGACAGCUCGCUCCAAUGAGCUCACACUGUAUGGUGGUCCGUACACCUUGUCAAUGCCUGCUUGUCCGACACUUUUCCUACGGAAGCAAAAGCAUUGGCCUGUUGUUUGGGAAACUCAACUGGAUUUUCAGCCUGAGGCACUACGCGUCGAAGCGGGGACUGUCGUCUGGUGGAACCACACUUGCUACGCCAGCAUAGGAGUAACACUUGUUAAGCGUAAUGGACAGCUACAACGAGCCAUCCGAUUGACUGAUCCAGACAAGGAAGUUAAAGAGGUAAUAAUCCCAGAGCAAGGUGCAGUAAAGUUGAUCAUUGAAAGCACUGAGACUAGCUAUCGACUAGGAUACCGAGAUGUCAGUCACGACGCACAUGAAGUGAAUGAGAGCUGGGCGUGGCUGGGUAACAUUGACACUCAGGUCAUGACGCGCGCCCCUGAGGUUGGACAGCCUUUUACAGGCAUGAUGAUGGGGUUGUACUCUUUUGGCGAGAUGCAGCCUGUUCUGAGUCCAGCGCAUUUCGCGUAUGCAGAGUUUCGAUAG